AUCUGUCUAGCCUCAUUCACGUUUACAAAUUUGUUUGUCUCAAAGUGAGGCUCUGCUUCACAAACAUGGCGGGUCAAGUGAAUGGAGAUGAGGUUAUUAUCGACGAAGAAGAUGCUAAAGAAUUAAUGUUUCCAAAAGAGUUUGAAAAUGCAGAGACUUUGUUAAACUCAGAAGUAUUCAUGUUGCUGGAACACAGAAAAGCACAGAAUGAGAUGGCUGAUGAAGAUCAAGAGAUGUCAGAAGUAUUUCGAAAAACAUAUGAAUAUACACAGAAGUUCAGCAGAUACAAGAACAGAGAAACAAUUGCACAAGUUAGGGGAUUACUAUCAAAGAAAAAGCUUCACAAGUUUGAACUGUCAUGUCUCGCCAACACAUGUCCUGAAACUGCAGAAGAAGCAAGGGCACUGAUACCCAGCUUAGAGGGAAGAUUUGAUGACAAAGAACUUCAAGAUGUGCUGGAUGAAAUCAAGACAUACAGAAGCAUUCAAGGAUAAACUCGAAUAAAAUUUUCAUGGUCAGCUGCUCGAAGUCUAACUGAAGCUGUUAGUAGAAGACAAAGGGAAAUUUAUUAGUAGCAUUAUGGACUUGUAUAGAACAUUCACUUACAUCGAAAAGGUAAUCUUCUCAGAGCAAAUUAUGUACUCUGUAAAGUACCCCUAGGCAAACAGACAUUGCACCCAUCCUUAGCAGAAUGUAAAUUUGUUAGAUCCUUAAUAUCUUAAUAGUUUUUAUAAUAUGAUAUGGUCAA